AUGAGGCGAGCCCGUGCGGGGCUCGGCCGUCGGGCGAUUGACACCUUUUUGGUGCCGGGGCCGAAGAUCGACGUGGGGAAAUUGGCGAUGGCGAUUGCACCGCUGGCGGCGCACAUCGAUAUUUCCUGCUUGGUCUUCUUCACGCUUGGUGUGAAGCCGGAGAUCAUUUCGGCCGUAGCGGGUGGUUCUCUGGGUAUUCACGGCAUGUGCUUUGGCAGAAAGUCUGCAGGCACAUUCCUUUCCUUGACAAAGUGGGGAUGCUUCAAGCACGUUGACAUUUUUUUUGGUUGGACCUAG